AUGGCGGCUGUCUCGGAAGUAAAAUUUCAGGCUGAUGCCUUCAUGGUUUGCUUAACUCAUGCUUUUUCUACCGACAGAGAGGAAAUAAUGGGACUAUUGAUUGGCGAAAUCGACGAAUUCAACGUAUCUCACGUGUUCACCGUUUUUAUGCUGCGGCGAUCUGAUAAAAGAAAGGAUCGUGUCGAAAUAUCGCCAGAACAACUAUCUCAUGCUUCAACACAAGCAGAACAGUUAGGAAUGCUAACGACCCGAAAGUGUCCCAUGAGGAUUCUAGGCUGGUAUCAUUCGCAUCCCCACAUAACCGUGUGGCCAUCUCAUGUUGACGUUCAGACUCAGGCCAUGUACCAGAUGAUGGAUCCAGGUUUUGUUGGUUUGAUUUUCUCAUGUUUUAACGAUGAUACUGCUUCGUCGCGUGGUCAGAUACAAUUGACUUGUUUUCAGUCGCAUGUAAACUCAUCAAUGGAGUACAGGCGGGUCGAAGUUCCUGUGAGGAUCGUCCCUAGUGAAACCAUAAGCGACGCUUGUCUUGAAGCGUUGGAACAACUUCCUGAUAUAUUAGGACAGGAGGAAGAAGAAGUAUAUCAAAAGACACUCAACAAAGUCAAGCCGGAGAAAGCAACUAAGAAAAAUGAUCUUUUGACUAUUGUACACAACGGUGCAGUUUUCACGAAGUCACUGUGUCGUGUGAUCGAAGUCAUGUGUGGUCCACUAAUGCAGACACUUGAAAACAGAUUGGAUAGAAAUGAGAGGAAGACCAAAGAACUUUUGAGGGAGAAAGAGGAAUUAGAGCGAAGACUUGAAGCUAUAAAAAACGCCUGAAUACGAUAUCAGUUGCACAAUUAUCCUAUUUAUGAAAUAAUAAUUAACCAGCAUUUAAUGCUACACAGUCGCCGCCUCGUCAUCGGUCGUAGAUCGGCGAUGGGCUACGAUUCGCCCGUGUCGGUUUCAUGAGAAAGACAAAACAAUUUCCGCUCAUUUAUAUCCGAAGACAGAGUCGUGAACGAAUUAAAGCCUGGUUUCCAUAUGACGCCGACCUGUCGCCGACUCAUUGUCUGUAUAAUCAUCCAAGGAGAAAAUGACUUCAGAAAGACAAAAGAUUUCACUCAUCAAUAAUCACCGACAGUAACACUUUGCCGACGUCGGCGUCAUAUGGAAAAUGGUUUAAGGACGUUGGAAGUAGUUUUUGAUUGCCUUUUCUAAGAAUUCGUGACUGUCCGGUAGUUUUUACAGUUUUUAAAUAUUUUGUUUCACAUACUUAACCCAAUAUUAGACACCAAUUCAGAAAUAUUCAAGAUGACAAUCGUCAAUAAUGUUCAAAUUGGUAUAUCAACCUACGCAUGCUUCCAACGUCCUUCAAAAACCUAAUGGAUCACGAAUAAAGAAACGUUUUGUACUGGCUAUAUGAAUUUGUCAUAUUGUAAUAUUUAACGUGAUACAACACAUUACACCAUAAAC